CAGCAGGCUCUAGCGAUAUCCAGCGUGCCCAAUAUCGCCGACCAGAACAAUUCUGGCGCGAAUUCCGACACGGAGGCGAAGGUGGUGCUAAGGCCUUUCGGCAGUUCUGCGUAAGAACAACGUCCAUCGCGGAACAGCCUACUUUAGCGCCAAUUCCUCGGGUCACUCGGAGCACCUCCAUACCAUCGACCUCGCGACCCACUGCACAGAAUAUCAAGGCAGAGCUUUACGACGCCAUGAGGCGUUCGCUGAGAACCGUUAGCGGAGUACGGACCGCCGAGAUGAAGUGGACGAACCAAGAGCGGCUUCAUGCGUAUGGCGUUCGCCUGGUCGGCUGGCCCGCCGAUAUACCCCUGCAGAACCCCUCGAUACUGAAGGCGACACAGAACGCCACGCUCCUCGACGCCUUACGAAAAGGGUCGAUGCGCUUUGAGCGCUUGAAUGCGCCGCCGGGUGAGGGUUUGGAAACGAGAACGGAGGAAGACACCGUCGACGAGGAUAUCUCGUGGGCUUGUAACGAUACGGGGGAGUACCUUGGCGGCGAGCUCCCUUGCAGCUCUGCAGAUACACAGCCUGCACUCAAACGCCUUCGAAGCGGGUCGACUUCAUGAUAUGCAUCGUGCGUCUGCAUUGUAACGGAAUUUCUCCCUCAGGAAGCGGUUCGUAUACCCCUAUCGACGUGUUAGGAUAGAACAGCAGGCAGGUUUU